AUGAGAGGGAUCACCACAGAUGAUGUAAAAGGCUUUAUCUGGAAGAACAUCAUAACAAGAUUUGGCAUGUCCCAGUCUAUAAUCUUUGACAAUGGGCCAAAAUUUGAGACGCCUAAACUCAAGGAUUGGCUGGCCGAGCAAGAAAUCAAAGCCCACUUUGCGAUCGUUGCUCAUCCUCGGGCAAACGGGCAAGUGGAGGCAUUUAAUAAGAUUCUCUCAAGUGGGAUAAAAAAGAAGCUAGAUAAUGCGAAAGGCUUGUGGGUAGAGGAACUACAGUUGGUUCUCUGGUCAAUCAGAACUACAACCAAGAACUCAACCGGGGAGACCCCAUUCAUGCUCGCCUAUGGUUCUGAAGCCGUCCUGCCCAUUGAUAUAGAAGAAUCCACCCUAAGGGUCAUGCUAUAUUCAGAGGGAGCCGACUGGGCUGCCCUUCGCAUGGCCUUGGACAAGGUUCCAAAAGUCAGGGCAAUGCUCUGUUAA